GUUUCACACUGCUGGCUUGGUGGAUCAAGUCGGACGCCCGCCACAGCACCAGCAUGCGGCUGCUCUGUCUCCAUGGGAUGUACCAGAAUAGCGCGGUGUUCCGGAGCAAAACGGAGCACCUGCUUCGGUUCUUGCCUCAUGGUGUGGAGCUCGUCUACCUCGACGGACCCAUCAACCUCGUACCGAAGGCAGUGACCAAACCAAUCGACACGUCUGCGUUCCGCGCGUGGUGGGAUCCACAAGAGGGUUUGAACCCACACACCCAGCGCCAAGUCAUCAACUACGUUGCUGAGGCGUUGCACAACCGAGGUCCCAUCGAUGGCGUCGUUGGAUUCUCCCAAGGCGCGUCCCUCGCAUCGUGGCUGUGCUCCCAAGUUGCCCAAGACGACCUCGACUGGACUCCGUCCGUCGCGAUCUUUCUCGGCGGCUACAUGAACCCGAGUGACGGCAUCUUUUCCCGUGGACUCGUGCCGGACAUUCGCUCGUUCCAUGUCAGUGGCAUGAACGACCGAGUCGUGCCCACGUCCAAGUCCGAAGAGUUGGCCGCGCUCUUCGAGCAAGAAACCCAUCCCCACCUCGUUUCCCGCCACACCCACGCGCAAGGUCAUGUCGUUCCCAAAUGCGAAGGCUCCAUGUUCGCACUGCAGAACUUCCUCCACGCUACGCCGGCUGCCGCGGCAUCCGAGGCAACGAAUUUGGACGACAGGUCGUACCGUGUUCGCAUGUCCACCGGUUAACUUAUGAUGCGCAAAUCCUUACAUUCUAGUCCCAUGACGCAUGUCGUUUCUACCGAAGUCCUCUUGCUUGUCCACGUCAGGAACCUAUACGUAUU